AUGUUCGCCCCAGCUAUGGAUGAUGAAAUUAGAUUCAACAAUUCAACAACUAUUUGCAGAAACUUCUUACAUAAAAUUCUCGGGAUUUUUAUUUGCCAACUACUAAUCGCAACAGCAUUUGUGACUAUGGCAACAUUCCAUGAUCCCACCAGACUUUGUAUAAAAUCUCAUCCAUAUAUCAGUAUCGUCGCAAGUAUUAUUACUUUAGGUAUUUUAAUAGGGCUCGCAUGCAGUAAAAAUGUACGCCAUAAGAGUCGUAUUAACUUUAUUUUCUUGUUUAUGGUGACACUUGUAUUAUCAUUUUUAUUAGCAACAUAUGUGUCUCGCUACUAUCCUGGACAAGUACUUUUGGCUCUCAGCUUUGCUUCAUUGAUAUGUUUUGGUAUCACAAUAUUUGCUUUACAGACUAAAAUAAAUUUAACAAUGAUGGGUGGUUUCUUAAUGAUAGCUCUAAUAGUUUUACUGGUUGCAUCUAUUGUUACUUUAUUUUCCCCUGACAUAACUAUGACACUCAUAAUUGCAUGUAUGGGGGCAAUAAUAUAUUCUCUAUAUCUUAUUUAUGUCAUCCAAAUUGUGGUCAACGGUAACCAUGAAUUUUUUAUCUCUCCUGGCGAUUAUAUAUUUGCAACAUUUACUAUUUAUAUAGACCUAAUGACCACUUUAUUUAAUUUAUUAACAAUGACGGUACUUGAUGACUAA